ACAAGGCAAAUUAUGGUUGUCUUGCAAUGCUAAAGACUAUUGCUGAUCAAUACAAGUGUGCAUCAGUUUUAAUGAAAAGUGUUUCUAUAUAACUAUAGUCCAAAUUUAAUGCUCUUCAUACUGGUUAUGUUUUUGGAGCAGUUUUGUUAUUAUCCUCUGUAUUUGAGACUUUAUCUUGCCCAUGUAAAAAAACAUAAUUCGUGAUACAAGUACGGUGGUGAUUCUUGUUGGUGAUUCAAUGCUUAGAGGUGGUGAAGCUUGGAGGUAAUAAUUAUCUAUGGAUAGAGCUGGUGGUAACCAGGUAAGAUUAUUUGGUGCAUCAAGUUUUGUUCUUUUUGCGAGGUUUGAUGUCUUUGAACAAUUAAAAAUAUAUUUCGUUCAUGCAGCAGACGACAAAAUCAAGCUUUGGUCUCUCUCUUACCAAGAUGCGAUAUUCCAUUUCUGGAGAGAGGCUGUACUCAACAUUGAGCCAAAGUUCCAAGAUAAAGAAACAUAUCAACAAGAUAUAGUAACUUUUUAUUGGACUUUCAAGUACAAAUUAGAGGAAAUCUUGGAUGCAGUAAAGAAGAUCCAAGAUUCUCAUAAAAUCAAUAGAAAGAACAUUAGAUAUAAUUCUGGAGAAAACCCAAAUUAUUUUUACCUUGGCGCAAAUAUAUUUUUAAGGUCAACGCAAAAAGUUUCUAAUCCCAGCGCAGGGGAAAAUGUAGUCCUUGAUAAAGAUCGCUGUGGCACCUCAUUGUGGCUGAUGUAAUCUUCAUAUGUUUUCAUAUCAAUGUUAUUGUUUAAAUGUUUGUCUUAUACUUGAUUAUCAAAUGGAAAUAUUAAGAAGUGUGGAUAGAGUCAUAUAUUUUUAAGUGUAUAGCCUCGAUCAAGACAACAGUGACAGCAACAACAGCAAUAGCAACAUCAGACUACCAGGCUUAC